UUCGUGGAAACACAUUCAGACUUAAACUACUCUCCGCCACCAUGGAUGUGUCGGCGAUGAGUCUGGUAAAGAAUACCGAACACCAUAGUGGAAAACAUGGCUGCGGUCUAUGUGAAGAUGAGUCAGUUUCAGUCUCUAAGGGGAGAGGUCACACAAGUGUGUAUCUGUGGCAUGAUGGUCCAAAUGUUCCAGGACCAAUGCGAGGAUGAAAACUCAAGCUCAUGAAGCAUUUAAAAUGAGCGAUGACGUAGAUGCAUCAGUGAAAGGAGUGAAAGGAUACUCUGUGCUGUCUCUCGCUAAAGACGUAGAUGUGUCAACUCACAUGUUGGUAGACUACCUACAUGGUACUUGCUUAGGCGUCAUGAAAGCCAUGAUUUGUAUGUGGAUCCGUGAUAAACAAGAGCCUUACUAUAUUGGCGACCGACUAGUGGAAAUAAAUCGCAGGUUGACGAAAAUAAAGCCAACAAAUGAUAUAACGUCAGGUCCUCGUUCACUAAGUAACGAAAUUUCCCAUUUCAAAGCAUCAGACUUUCGUUCGUUUCUCUGCUACUAUGGGAUGGUCGUGUUAAAAGGCAUCUUACCCGACGACUACUAUGUCCACUUUUCGAUGAUGGCCAUCGCCAUUCACACCCUUUCAAAGGACGAUAUAGAUGCAAAGGAUCUGGCAAUGGCUGACGAACUGCUGCACAUGUUUUACAUUCUCUUUGAUGCCAAUUAUGGACAAGAAAACUGCACAAUUCACGUUCACAACAUGUGCAGGCACCUUGUAGAUUCGGUCAGGAGAGGUGGACCCGUAUGGGCAUUUGGCUGUUUCAGCUUUGAGAGUAAUUGUGCGCAGAUGAUUAAGUACAUUAGAGGACGAAGCAACGACAUAGGAAUGCAGGUCGUAAAGAACUACAGUUUGCUGCAGCGGGCAAGAAGUUUGAAAGAAGCAGCGAGCUGCCAAGAUGUAAAAACAAUCAUAUGUAGAGUGUUGGAAGAUAACACAAGAAAUUAUGACGAUCGAUAUCGGUGCAAACGAUCCUACGCCUCAACAUUUGACAUAGAGGAGAUAAAGAAAAAGUUAGAUUGCGGAGACGUAACCGCCAUGAAAGUAACAAAAGCACGGAAGGCAUCACAUAGGGAAGGCGAGAUACUGUCCUCAAUGGAUGUAGGAUCAAAAUCAAGGAUAUCUUACGUAGUUUCGUACAUGGACAGCGUCAAAAAGUAUGGCCGAAUCUCGUACUAUCUUGACGUGGUUGCUAAUCAGAAACGCAUAUAUUUACUGGCUAAGAUACAACAGAGUGUUAUCAUUUCUGAAAAUGCUUUUAAGAAUGGAUGCGAAAACAGCUGGAAAGAACAUAGUCUUAAAGACAUAACAGGCAGUCAUGCCAAGGAAAUAGAAUUCAAAGGGUGUGAUUCCGUCUUAGUAGACGUUCAUGAUAUUGUUUCGAAAGUGCUUUUUAUGGAGACUGGACCUGAUCGAGGUGUUGUACUUCCAGUUGCAUGCAGAUGGGAGCAGGAUUAGAACCUACUUAGGCCUAUGGUUUGUCUAUUGUCAUUUAUGAUUACUUCACGAUUCUUUCUACCAAUCCAUUCUCAAAUCAGACAUGGUGAGCGUUUUGUACGUUUCCCGUGUGUAACCUGGGACAAUUAAAAUCACAUAAUUUGUUCAAAAACCUUUACAGUUGAGUUAUUUGUCAUUUGAAUUUGUAAUUAUCAUAAAUCAAAUUUGCUGCAUACCACCCUAUAAGCUGCUAAACAUAUCUGUCUUAAUCUACAUCUACACCACGCUUACUUAAUCAGUACGUACCUUUUUAGUUACAUGUAGCUAAAACAAUUUUUUUACAUUAUUUAAAAGUUCAUUUCAUUAUAAUGAUAGUCUUCAUAGUGAAACGUUUUAAAGUGUAUUCUGCAGUAUAUAAGUAUAAAUUUGUUAAACUGAUAUAGUUUAACUUCUGAAUAUUGAUGAUGUUAAGCCUAAAAUGUAGAAAUGGAACAUAUACAAAACGUACAAGUGCAUGGAUUUGCGUUUUACAGUUUUUUGUUUAUUUUAUGGCAUGAUUAAAUUGUCGAUUUUUGCUUAAAAAUAACAUUCAUGAUAUAUUUUAGUUUAAGUUUAGAUGGAGAAAAUGUAGUAGGUAUGGUAAAGAUUAAAGUGCUAUAAAUUACGUUGAUAACUUACAUUUAAAAACAAAUUGUCAAAAGCGGAAAAGAUGACCGAGGAACAAACACAUGUAUCUUCAUCUGUACAUAGAAUUUCUGUUUCUUCCAUUGUGUUCCAUUGUGACGAUUGUAAUAGCAAUGUUUUUUUGUUGUAUAAAAUAAAAUAAAUGAUUCGUUUAAUUCUAAAACAACCAAUAUUAUAUA